GGAAGAGAAGAAGUGUGACAUUUGUCUCGGGGCAGACAUGCAAUUUUUAGCCUCCGACUGGUGCAUGGAGUGUUAUGAGGCCCUUUGCGAGAAGUGUACAAAAGUUCACUUGUGCGGGAAAAUCACCAGAGACCACGUGAUUGUGGCCAUGUCGGAAAUCCGCCAGAUGUCGCUGGAGCAGCUCAUGAGGAGAAACAGUUCCCCGAAGUGUAGCCAACAUGUCGAGGAGGUUGUCAAGUUGUACUGUCUGGACUGUGGGUUACCUGUCUGUGUGCAG